AUGAAAGAUCGAAUUUUCCCUCUAAAUCUGGAAUCGCUCAUGUUUGGUCGCGUUUUACAAGGACUUGAAUCCAUAGAACGAAAUGCAUUAAUAAUCAAACAGAUAAUUUCAUCAUUGAAGAAAAUACAAGACACUGGGAUUGUUCAUCGCGAUGUAAAACCAACAAAUUUAGUCGUAACCAAAAAGGGACAAAUCAAACUUAUAGAUUUUGGCGCAGCAACAGAUUUAAGAAUCGGGAAAAACUAUGUACCCAAUCGAGGUCUUCUACAUCCAGAUUACUGCCCACCAGAGCUCUACAUUUUACCAGAAGAAACACCAUCGCCACCUCCAGAACCAGUAGCAGCUCUUCUUUUCCCAAUUCUAUGGCAGCUAAACAGUCCGGAUUUGUUUGAUAUGUACUCUGCGGGGAUUGUGUUGAUGCAAAUGGCGAUACCAAGUUUGAGGUCUAGUGUAGGAUUGAAGAACUUUAACCUUGAAUUGAAAGUUGUGAAUUAUGAUUUGAAAUUGUGGAGGGAAAAGACACGAACUAGACCUGAUAUAAGUGUUCUCGAUCUUGAUUCUGGAAGAGGGUGGGAUUUGGUUACGAAGCUUAUCUCUGAAAGAGGGUCAUUGCGUAGAGGUCGUUUAUCAGCUUCUCAUGCACUCAGGCAUCCCUAUUUCUUAUUGGGUGGUGAUCAAGCUGCUUCUGUGCUUUCCAAGCUCAGUUUAUCAAAGUAG